AUGGCUGAGGCAAGCCCGAUAUCAUCACCGUCAACAGAUGACGGUAGUGGCGGCAGUGUGGAAUCACAGCAACAUCAUUUAGUCGAGUCGUUAGUGACUCAGAUUGAUCCAGAUACCAUCAAUAGGAUUAUUGGAUUGCAGAAGAAAUCAUUGAUUCGAUUUGAAAAGACCAAUGAAAUGCUAUCAAAUUGUUGUAUUCUAUCGGCGAAACGCCUGGAAAAAGCCAAAAAAGAGCUGAACGACAGUAAGGACUUGAUCGUACAAAUGAAGUUGGAUCUCGAGUCUGUCUUCCGACGUAUUCGUAUAUUCAAAAAGAAUCUUAUCGUACGAUAUCCCGAGGUUUCCAAGCAGUUCGAACCUCUUCCGAUCUAA